GUCCUCUCAUAUUCACACUAGUACUACUGUGCAGCUUCACAUAAACAGAACAAAAUGCUCAGCUGGCCCGACGGCAGCCGAGAGCUGUAACUUCGUGACAGCCUCGGACCCUCUUCACUAGCAUGCUCAUCUUUACUUUAUGAGCGUUUAGGAACCGCCACAGCCAAACAAUGACAGACAUCCUUAAGAGGAAGUUUGCAGAAGUAGAGGAAAAUCCCUGCUACUCCUCUCCCUCCUCCAUCUCCUCCUCCUCCUCCUCUUCUUCUUCUGCUUCUCCAUCGUCCCUCUCCUCUCCUGCCUCCUCUGAGUGGGAGUCAGACGGGGAGGGAAGCUCCUCCGAGAACCAAGACUUCACACCUCACAGUCCUGCGUCAGCCUCCGGAUCACCCAUUUGGCCCAUCCUGAAGAAGCCGAAGCUCUCAAAAAGGCAGAACAGUGUGCGCUUUGACCAGGUGACGGAGUUCAGCUUCCCCCGCUGCCAGGGCUUCACCAGUGUGCCCAGCAGAGGGGGUGCCACCCUGGGCAUGGUGCGCAAACACAGCGCCCUCCGAAGGUACACCGUGGACGAGCAUGCAAUGGAGCAGCGCAGCAGGCGCAGAGAGAGGCACAAAGAGAAACUAAUUCAAGAGAGGUUUGAGGCACUAAAACACCAACUGAUCAUAAGUGGAGCCAUUGACCAAAACGAGGCGGAGAAGCUGACGACAGAUCAAGUUCUGGGUGGAGACCCUGACAUUCAUGUUAGUGAGUCUGAUUUGGAGGACGGCGGGUACCUUCAGCCGUUCUCUUCCAAACAGCGACAGGCUCUCCUCCUGGCGGCGGGGGCGAAGGUCAUCGACAAGGAGGAGAAGAGGCAGCUUCACGCUCUGCGGCUCUCCAGGGAGGCCUGCGGCUGCGACUGUCGGGGCUUCUGUGAGCCGGAGACCUGCGCCUGCAGUCAGGCAGGCAUCAAGUGCCAGGUGGAUCGCUUCAAUUUCCCCUGCGGAUGCACCAAGGACAGCUGCGGAAACAUACAGGGGCGCAUCGAGUUCGACGCCCGGCGCGUUCAGACGCAUUACAUCCACACGCUCAUGAGGCUGGAGCUGCAGAGGCGACUACAACGUGAAAUGCUCGUCUCGGGGGAGCAGGCGGGCGUAAUCGAGGAGCUCAGAGACUGUACAGGUCACAACGAGGUCGGUGGGGAGCAGAGCGCGCAGGAGAACAGGUGUCCAUUCAGGUCCGGCCUGGAGGAGGACCUGCUUCCUUUUGCCAUGCCCGCCGCUCCUUCUUUCCGCUGCAUCCCGGACCAGCUGGUCGUUGAGGAGACCAGCUGCAGCAGCGACAUGUCCGAAUCCUCCCUCUCCUCCUCCGAAUGCGACGCCGGACAAUUCUUCAGCGGGACCCAGACUCUUACGGACAGAGGCGUAGAUUUGACACAUGACUCCGGCAACAAGAACUUCUUCUCGUGUGCCCAAAACCGGCACAGAUGCAGCUCUGCAACCGCAGACAACGACAGACCGCAUUCGCCCGUUGCGCUCGCAGACAACAUUGACGCCAGCAGGAACUAUCUCGACGAGAACGCCAAUCAAUCCAGAGACUUUUUCAACGAGGACUCUUUUGAGGACUUCCCUCACACCCCGUCUCCCACCAUGUCGUACUCCUUCAGUGGAUACAUGGACCUGAGCCUCUCCUCUGACUCCGACCUGGAGUUCUUCCACAGGGACUAUCCCUCCGGACUGCUGCACAGCUCCUUCAAAGAGCACAGACACUCCGACAGCUUUCAGCACUUCCAGCUGUUCAGCUCAGUGAAUUUACCACAGCAGGAGUCGAGCACCCAGCUCCUAGAGUCUCUGAUUGGCUGAUUCAGACACUCGGCUUUCAUAUAUAUACAAUACUUUCUAAAUACAAAGACCUAUUUUUCCUUAUGGAAUAUUAUUUUUGCCUGAAAGUUGUUAUUUUCAAGAGAAAUCGCACUUGAAUAAUUAGCUUCAUUUUUAUUAAUUCCUUAAAGUAAAAUUGUAACGGGAUGUAUUUAAUUUUUAUUUCAUGUGAAAUGCAAUGCAGUACCACAUGCAAUGAAGAGCUAGGCGUGGUAGCAUGUUAAUUAAAUCAGCAACUCUGUGGAUGAGGAUAAGCCGUGCUCUGCUGGAUUUGGGAAUCAUUCUCACAUCACUCUGAUUAUUUCCCAGAACAGACUCUGAAUACCUGUUUACUGGGCCGAUACAUAUUUAUUUAUUUAAUCACUGAUUAUUUGUAUGAGUAGUAACUCAUAAACAGGUGACAUAAAUAUUAACUGGUAAAAAUGGCGGAGUUUUUUUUCAGAAUAAUAUAUACUAUUGUAAUGGCAGCAGUUCGAGUCGAGAAUCAGUAGUUUUCCUUUACUUAUGAAAGCAGUGGUGUGUCAAAUGGUCCUAUAGAAUAGACUCCAUAUUUAAAGCUUUAUUUAUUUAAUUUUUUUUUACAGCAGACAUUUUUUAUUCCACAGUACAGAAAACAUCUUCAUGUUUAGUAUGCGUGGGCCGGUUAGUAGUUAGCCCUUUCAAUGAGACGCUUAUGAAAGUGCGAAGAGCGAAUUUUAGGCCUUGUACACACAUAGCCAAGUUUUUAUAAAAACAAAUAUCUCCACCACAUCGUUUAAAAACCAUAUCGUACACGCGGGAUCGAUUUCAGAAAUGUUUUUAUCAACAUGAAUCCCACUCGUACUCAGUUCCGACCUGGAGAGUUGUUUUAAACACGUCAAACCCUUAAGGGAGGCAGUGUAGCCCAAAGUUAAAACAUACCUCAGCCUACAACUGCGACUUCCUGUUAGGAAUUAAACAUGGUGCCAGGAGGUUCAUUGCUGUGUUUGAACUACUUUUAAAUAACGUAUUUAAUUAAAACACAAGACGAUGUCGGUUGGUCAUUAUGGAGCCGUGUCGGGGACAUGGGGAAAAAAUUUUCAUUUGAGUUACGUUGCAAAACUGUUGCGUUCCCUCACAAUGUGCUUACUGCAUUAUUUGCUGGCCUAUUUUGUACACAGUCACAAAUGUCAAUUUAAAAUUUCAAAUCAAAGAGUGAAAACGUGUUUAUUAUUAACUUUGGUGCAAAAAAUUUAUUGAAAAUUGAUUUAUUCACUGCAUGCUUAUUUCUGAUUGUGUAAAAGGUGGAGAUGGAAUUGCGCAUGAAAACGGCCCUUUAAACAAUUCAGACCACCAACACAAAUGAGACUCUGUCAAAACUGUCAGAUGACUCAUUACCCCGCCAUAAUGACUCAGAAAUAGUCUAAAUAGUUUGGAUGUAUUUUUUUAUAUAAACAAUUGUUUUUAGUGAUAUAAAACUGAGAUUUUGUGUAGAUGAAAGGCCAAAACGCAUAAAAAUGAAUUUAUUUUCCCAGAAAUCUGGCUAUGUGUGGACUAUGCCUUUUUAUCUGCUGGAUAAAGGGUUUCCCUACUUUUUCCACUACUUGCGCAAAUCAGCUUUCCUGUUUUAAAGGAAAGUGCAUCAUGUUGCAUGUCUAGCAUACGUUUUAUUUGUUUAAACGCAGUGACUCUGGUGUUUUUGCGCAAGGUUAUUCUACUGGUUGAAUCUCAUGCUGGCCCAAGCCUAAUUGUUGCUUUAGUCCCUGUGAAGCAUUUCUGGUUCGUCUGUUUGAGCAACACCAAAAACAAAUGCAGCUGGUGUACUUUUUGUAAAUAUGUCGGCUGCUAUAAGCUCUGUAAUUCCUCCCAUUUCAGUGUUCUGCCGCAACCCACUUGCAGUCAGAUGUUCAUCUUCAUUUUACCAUUGACGCCUUGUUUACAGCAGUGUCUAAUAAAUUCUGCUUCAGCUGUGUAAUAAUGUUGACUUGUAAAGUGCCUCUGUAACUGUUCAGUGGAGUCAUGGAUUUUGUAUAUGACGCAUAACGUUUAGAGGUCUUUAAAUAAUAUAUUUGGAAAACGAUAUUGUGCUAUUGUUUUAAUGGUUCAUUAAAACAAAUGUUUCAUUUUUUUUAA